CGGAGUACGGGGUCAAAAGUGCAAACCUUGCAUCGCGUUGAAAUAUAUUCUCAAAUGAUUCAAGUUAUGUUGACUAAUCUACGGGAUAUUUGACGGGAAUCGAAUUUGCACAACUCGUACAUUGCCAUAAGCGCAAAAAUUAAACUUUUGUGUGUGCACUUAAUGAGAUAUUUAGUGUGCAAUAUUCUGUCUCGAACCUGCAGACCUCUGCUUCAUCUCCGUGUGACGAGGCCUAGUGUUGAUCUUGUCUGGUUAAUCAUAGAACGACAACAGAUGCAGGAAGUACACCGUUAGAAAAUCAUGCGCCAAACUCAGACUGUGGGAGAAGAGGGGAGAUGAGUCGUCAGAAUGAGGAUGUGAUUAUAUGGACUUGUUGGCCCGUCAUGAGGAAUUAAUCAAAACUCUGUUUACCAUUGUUGAUUGAUUUCCGAAUAUACUGGUCUACAUGAUGUUGGGACUGGUAGACAGAACAUAGGCUGUCCAUGAAUCUCCUGUGUCUGUCGCUGUAUGUACCAUCGGGUGCAGCGGGAACUGCCCUCCUACGACUAUAUGCACAGUUGGAGUGAGGUGAAGGAAACAUGAAUGUCAUCCAGUUUCUACAAAGCCGGGAGCAUGGAUGUUCCAAGAGGAAGUCUAAAGCCAGUGGGGGUGAAAACCUUGGGACGCUGGUGGAAGACCGGACAUCUACUCUCACCAAGAACCAGGCUUGUGAGCUCUCAGGAUUACCUCGAGCUACUUUCCUUAUGGACUUCAGUCCGGAUGGCACCAAAGUGGCAUCUACUCACGGUGACCACACUGUGCGUGUGACAGACAUCACAUCUGGGAAGUGUACCCAUGUGCUCACCGGCCAUCCCAGGACACCCUGGUGUGUAGCCUUCCACCCCUCUUCCAAUGAGAUUCUGGCGUCAGGCUGUCUGGGGGGAGAGGUCCGAAUCUGGGACCUGCAUGGAGGGGGCAGUGAGGUCUGGCAUUCUCCAACCAAUGGGGUGAUAGCCUCUCUAGCAUUCCACCCCAUGGACCAUGUGCUGGUGUUUGCUACUGGCAACACUGUGUACUUCUGGGACUGGAGCCAACCGGAGCCGUUCGCAUUCUCCAGGACAAACUAUGAAUUUGAAAGAAUAAGAUGGCUUCGGUUUGAUCCCCUUGGACACUACCUGUAUACAGGCAUUGCAAACAACACCACCGUGCACCGAGAGGAGCCAGCCAAUGUCCUGCACAUCAAUGAAACAAAUGGUCCACAUCCAAACAGACUUCAGCAAUAUGCCAACAGGAGGCGGUAUCAGCAGGUUAUUCAGCGUUUCCAUGACUACCAGCAGGAAAGGCUACGUAAUGCCAACAGGGGGGAUGAAGAUGGCAGCAUGGAAGUUGAAAACUCCGAUGGGAGCCAGACUUCUUCUUCCACAGAGAGCAACUCCCUACUGGGGAGGCACUAUUCCUCACAGGUUGAGCAGAGACUCCGGCGGGCAGGAAACUAUGCCUCCUCUAUCACAGAAACCACCAGGCACGCUCGGGACAUCGUAUCCAGCAUUUCCAGUAGAAGGAGAAACAACCCGUACCCCCUUCACGAGCUGCGGAGGUUCACGACACUGCACAGUCUACAGCCUGGGACAUGGAGUCCUCCACCCAGAGUAUGGCCCUCUGUUGAAGAGGAGGACAUGGACUUGCGAUCAGGAACACCAGGGGCAACAACUCCUCCACAGCUGUCUGAGAUGGCUGAAGUUGGUGCUCAACGGCCCCUGUUAGUGCGACCUACUACUAGUGCUAGUGCUCUACGUCCUCCAUUAUUUCCAAAUGAAUACUCGCGGGGCAGCAGUGCCAUGUCUGUGAACUCUAUUAGAAGCUCUGGUGGUAGUAACUGGAUGAAUCUGAGAAGGAGUGGUAGUUCAGAUUCCAAUCCCCCUACAUCUGGAGCUGGCCCUCGAACAUUGAGUUUUGGUGCUAAUCUGAGAUCUGGUCUAAGAUUUGAACACUUAUCUUCAAGCUCCUUAAGACCAGUCUCAGGACCUAAUAGUAUUGUGUCUUCCCCUUAUGUGUCUUCUUUAAACCGACUUCGCUCAAGACCUACCGGCAGUGCGUUCCGUGAAGUCCCUCGCACAAGCCGAAUGACUGAGACAAACACAACCCCUUCCUCCUACUCUUCUUCCCAUCCCCCUUGUGCAAUAUGUAGAACACUGAACCCCAGCAUAGUGAACAACAACAGCCAGCCAGUAACAACUAGCAGUUCUUCUACAACAGGUCAUCAGACAACCUGGUCCUUGCCAACCCCCAUGCCCACUUCAACGGGACUUGUCAUCCCCAGAAGUCGGCCCAGCGUGGCCUCCACUAGUAGGCUCCUUAAUAUGAUGAUGUUUCAACAAAAUCGCAAUUCAUCCGAAUCCACUGCCGAUCAAACUUCUCAGUCUUCUCGUAACUCCAGUUCUCGCAGCCAGGAGAGGACCCUCACCACAGAUGGCACUAGUCAGACCAGCGGAACUAUGGAGCUUCCAGAGUGCUCUGACCAGGGCACAGAUGUAAUUGGUCUCAGUGAAGAUGCUCGGCGCCCGGUUAAUCGGGCAGGCAUUGAGGAUUCGCCACGUGAUGAGGAUGAAGCUAUGGCUGAGCAGGACUCGGUGAUGGAGAGUGUGGAAGGCUUGGUGGAGGAGACUGAGCCGGCAGCUGGGGCAGAGUCAGCUGGUGAAGCUGCAGGACAUAGUGAUAUAGGAAAUGUAUUGGAAGAUAGUGAUCAAAACAACAACCCGUCUCACACCACUUCAAGUGUUCUUUCCAGAAUCACUCAAGAUCUUCCUACCGAUGGUUCGCGACGGGAAGAUUUAACCUCCCUUACAAUAAGGUUAGAAAGACAAGUGACAGAACUGGAUCGUAGGAUCACUGCUUUGCGGGAGAGGUUCACAGAAAGACUGCGAGCUUUACAUCAAGAUCGGGAGAGGAUUCUCAACCUUCGAGGUCGAAUCUCCAACCAGUCUUCUCCUGAAGGCGUGGAGUCUGUGGCACCGACAGUGACAUCAGGGCAAGCUUCGCAGCAUGUUCCUCUCAUCACCAUCACAAGGCCACGGGAUCAGGGUGAUUUCUCUCACACACCUUCUGCCUAUAGCAACUCAACACCAGUUCGAGGAAGUGGUCAAAAUACCCACCUUCUAGAGAUGUUUCUGAGAGGAGACAGCCAACAGUCUACUGUCACUCAACCUCCACUACCACCCCCAAGUGUUUCAAGUGUCCGUGUGACUCCAUCACGAGAGGAUGCCUACCAGGAAGACCGGAGCUGGCAUGCCCUACAGCAGCGCCACCUACACCCUCACUACUCUGUCAGCAUCCUGGACGACACCCUCAACAGGCCAAAUGAUGCCCUUCAUGCUGCCAUCAACAGAGCUAUAGCAGGACAUGGAAUGAACAUUUCAGGAGCUUUCAUGGGAACAGGGGAGCCUGCAGUGGCAAGUAACAUCAUCCCUCAGACACAUCGCAUACAGCGUUGGGACUUCACCAAGUGUGAGAUCCCGGACAUAAGUCAGUCAAAAGCCAACAUCGUGGUGCCUCACUGCAAGCUUCAUAAUGAUGCCAGUUGUGAUAUAUCUCAGGAUGCAACCUUCCUUGCAACCUUCGUCCCCAGCCACCGUGGUUUCCCUGAUGACAACAUCCUGGCUGUCUUCUCACUGCAUCCAGACUCCUUUGCUCAAUGUCUUUUUACUAAAAGUUUUGGGCCCAAUGCUAUAUCUGUGAGCAUGUCUCCACGGAACCAGUGUGUGAUGGUGGGACUCGCUGCCAAGAGACUUUCCUGGGUGUUCACAUCUAACCAGCUGGUUGCCCAGGUGUAUAAACUUGAUAAGAAGAGUGCCGGGGAGAACUCAAUGAGGCAUGUCAGUGACGUAUUUCACCCAUGUGACAUGGACAUCCGUACACAUGUGAGCGUGAACUCGGCCCGAUGGCUACGUGGGGUAGGGGAAGGCUUGGUGUAUGGCACCAACAGGGGAGACCUGCAUAUCUGUAGACACGGAGUGAAAAAGGCAACACUUCGAGCCUCUGAGGAAUUUCCAGAAAACUCUGACAAUAACAACAGUGGAUCAGGUCGUGAGGGGACAUCAAUACGAAUGAAUCUCAUGUCUAUGUUGGGUCUUCCACAGUCUCGCACCAGCAGCAUUGCCACUCAGACUCUCACCCGUGGGAUACGCCGCACGGCCGGCACACAGACUGAUGGAGCAAACAGUGAACCCUCAGAAGAUGAAAAUGAAUAAUAUUUUUGUAGCAAUUAUUUUGUAGUUACCACAUUUCCUUUAUCAUACCCAUUUACAGUAUGACAUUGCCGAAUCAAAGAUAUGUCUGUGGUACAUUAAAGAUUUGUGACUGGUCUAUCAAAGAUAUGUGGUUAUCAAAGAUAAGCCUGUGUGGCCUAUCAAGGAUAUGUCCAUGGAGUAUCAAAUAUAUUUCUGUGUACGUCAAGGAUAUGUCUUUGUUGUGUUAAACAUGUUCAUGGUGUAUCAGAGAUAUGCCCAUGGUGUGUCAAAGAUAUGUCUGUGAUGAAUCAAAGAUAUGUGUGGUGCAUCAAAGAUAUUUUCAUGAUGUAUCAAAGAUAUUUUCAUGGUGUAUCAAAGAUAUGUCCAUGGUAUAUCAAUGAUAUGUCCAUGGUGUAUCAAAGAUAUGUCCAUUGUAUAUCAAAGAUAUGUCUUUGUUGUAUCAAUGAUAUGUCCAUGGUUUUUCAAAGAUAUGUCCAUGGUUUAUCAAAGAUAUGUCUAUGGUAUAUCAGAGAUAUGUCCAUGGUGUAUCAAAGAUAUGUCUUUUUUGUAUCAAUGAUAUGUCCAUGGUUUUUCAAAGAUAUGUCCAUGUUGUAUCAAAGAUAUGUCCAUGGUUUAUCAAUUCUAUGUCCUUGGGGUCUAUGUUAAACCAUAUCUCAGAGAGGUUAAAAUAUUCAAAUAAUGUGAUUUUAAUGCCACCUUGAAAAACAAUUCAAGCUUUGCUUUUCAACUGUGUUCAUUUGUGCAUGACAUUCUAAUGGUUGCUCCUUUGUAAGGGGUGUGAGUCUGUACAAGAAAUGUUAUUGGAGUUAUGAAAAAUGAAUUCAAAUUUUCAAAUUGAAAUAGGGCAAGAAUACUCCUAGUCAAUGUGGUGAUGUACUUGUUGUCUGGAUAUUUAGUGUGUCAUCUUGCAGAAACACUUGCAUGACCGGUUCAUACAAUGUUUCACUAUGCAUCUACGUUUGCCAAAUUUGAUUUUGAAUAGUUGCAACUUUGACAUAUACAGUUUUACAGCAUUUGUCCCAAUAUGCACAAGGUGAACUAAUUAAGAUACCUCAAUAGGAAACUGCAGUCCCCUGACGUAGUCUUUUAGGUAACACAGCCAUAGACAGGUGAGGCUGAAACACCGGUGUUCCCAAUCCAGGGGGUCCUCGAGAUUUGUACAUUUGUAGUACUGGAAUGUGCGGACCCCUUGGUGUAUGGCUUUUAACAUUAGGGUUAUGACAAAGACUCCUUGGUUUUUAUGCUUAAUUUCAACCAUCUAAAACACCUUUGUCACCCUUUUGUUAGUGAUUAUUACCCUUGGUCAAUAUUGUUCUUCUCACCCCCAUGCAAAGCUUGGGUGUAGGCUAUCCAUUAUAAGACACCUCAGCCUGUUUGGUUGCACAGGGUAAUGAAAGGACUUAGUUCUACUCUGGUCAUGGUUAAGAGCUUCACAAUUUCAGUUCAUUGUUAAACAACAUAGAUAUUGUGUACAUAUGAUAUUGCAGACUUGAAACAAUCCAGUGUCGAUCAGCUAUUUGUGAACAGUUUCUCCUAUCCAGACAGUUCCAAGUCUUUCCCUUCGUGGCACUGUUCUUGAGUGAUUAUAAGGCUACGACUAUCAUCACUUUCAUGGUUAGGCAUAGAGUUUGGACUGCCAUAGUGCUAAGUUCACUUCAUGGAACAAAGCCCAGUUCAGGUUGAGCCUCUACAAGUAUAGAACAUCAGAAGUACUUGCAUCCUGUGUGACAAGAUGAGAGGUCAAGUUUUCAUUUUGUGGAUGGUGGUGAAGGAUCAAGUGGUAUCAUUCAAUUAUAUAACUUUUAUCAGCCAUCAACUCAGUGGCAGCAUGGGAGCCCACACUGAUGAUAAGAUGUUACAGCUCUGACAUUGAGAAUUUUAAUGCUUUUGCAUAUAAACUUUGUCUCGAAUGUAUUCAUUUUGCCUUGGUUUCUUUUUCAAAGCUUACAUGAUAUUGUCAUUCUUCAUGAAUGUCCAGUCUGCAUUUACUUGGUAUUAUGCUGUAUGUGUGUGCGUGUGUGUACUCUGUGUAUGUGUGUGUACUUGUCUUGUCCAGUGUAUCAUAAUGUGGGAUGUUGACUUCGAAAGACACACUGGUCAGGGAGAGUUCAUAUCACUUAUGCAAAUCAAUGAGCUUAUGACAUAAUUGAUGGUUCAUUGAUUAAACAGAAGAUUAAGUUGUUUGUGAAACUUGAAGAGUGUCUAUUUUGAAAGCAAUUGAAAUGGUUGAAAGUAACAUUUGUAACAGGAAUAAAUCUUGGUUUACUGAAAUUUUCAAAAGUAUGGGAAAUAACAUCCUGGACAAUGUGUUUGUCAGCAUCAACCUGCACAUACGGCAUCAUGUAUUCCAUCAAGAACUCUCCCUGUCUUUAUAAAAUGCAACUGAUCUCUUUUUCUUUGGAAAGCCAGUUUUAAAAGACCACAAUUCUGCAUGAGCCAUGAGCAAGAUUGAUUGCAUGUUCUAUAUAAGAGAAAUCAAGUUCACUGUCACAGGAUGUCAUGCAUAGGAUUCUGUAGUCAAGAUGACUUCGCUACCAUUUGGGAUGAAAUAGGACACAAAGUUUGUGUCACAAACCAUAUCUGCCGUGUUAAGCUCCUUUCAGCCCCCCCUGAAUAACUUCUGGUCCAAUCUGUAAUGGAUCUUUAUGAGUACCCCUUACAAAACAUAUUUACAUGACAGUCCAUAUUGUGUAUAUUACAGAUAUGGUUACAGAAAACAGCAGUUCAGAGGGGGGGUAUAAUUGCCUUGUAUAUUACCGACGUAUUAUAGUUUCAUGAACGUUUGAACUAGGUUUUCUCACUACCAUGCAAUCUCUGAAAACAAUUUUUACUUCUGUAUGGUUUUGAUGAGCACCACCGUUUGUCAAUUUUCUAAGUGCCCAGGGUGAUUACGGGGAAUAUGGUAUUAUGUAAUUCUUCUGUUGGAUUUUCUAAUAAUCAGAAGCAAAUGAUCUUUACGUCAGGCAUGUUGUCCAUGUGUGCCGAACCUGUGUACUUCUGGCUUCUGGAAUAUGUUGUUACUGUACAUGUUGCAAAUCUUUCUGUACAGGUAAUAAAUAAUACUCAAGUAAGUAAACAACACAAGUUACCGUCAUACCCCUGCUAGAACAAAACCUGUCAGAUCUGUGUACAAAAGUAGGAAAUAUGAAUCCUAAUGAAGGUAUCCACAAAAUAGCUGAUGCAGCAGAAAACAUACUCUGUCACACCAAACGUCUAUGUUGUAUAGCAAUACAUACUGUAUUGUGAAUCAGAUAUGGUGAUGGAUAUUGUGACCUUUCAGUUCCACCCUUGUACAGCUGACUGCCCACUGACCCCACUGCCCUGUUUGCCUACACAUUACCAUGGAGACUUGUGUGGUCACUUGAUUACAUUUGUUUUCUAAACCUGGUUCACCACCAAACCUAGCACUGACCUGAUCUGUAUAUACUCAAGUACAGUAGAACUGAAGUUGCCUUAUGUAGUGGCUUGAAUUUUGCUGCCCUUGCACUUGUUGGGCAGGAUUUCCUUCAAUCUUCAGGUGGUGGGUAUCAUGUGAAAAUAACUGAAUACCAGGGUUCAAUUUGGAAAGUAAUAGGCACAAUGUGCCAAUCCAUUGUUCUCGUCUUCCACUGUAACAAUAGCAAACUUUCUCUAAACAUUUUAAGUCUCAAAGGAUGGCUGCAAAUCAACUGUGUACACCUUGGACUGUUGUUGAAGGGACUGUGUGUCAAGGUACAGCAUGAAGGUGUAAUCUGCAACGAGAAAAUAAUGCUGCUGUUGAUCCUAUGACAAUGUUUCUUUGUGGUUUGGUAUCUAGCAGGCAGGGUGUGCAACUGAUGGGAAUGUAGAGUGGAGCAGCUUCCGCGACACGACUGAAUGCCCUUCCUGUUCGUGUGUGUCAGUAUGUAUCACUUCUUCAUGAGAAAGGAACCAUUUCAGAUCUGGAAUAAUGUUUUUGCUUUUGACAAACAUGGGGGACAUUAUUUCAGAAUGGUCGUUGACUGGUUGUGGUUUCUCUUCUAUGCUGUUUUGGGGCUGGCGCCAUCACAAUGAAACACAAGCAAUUUGGAGCUAUUGCUCUGGCACACAAUGAGUGAUAGAUGCUUUAUGCCAGUUGAUUCAGAAUACUUUGUGUUGGGUGAAUGGAAAUACUCUCAAUAAAGUGUGUUUGUGGAGAAAGUGUACAUGGGAGUGGGAAAAUGCUCUCAGUUGUGUGCUUGAGUGUAAAAAUGAUCUCGAUACAAUCUGCUUGUUGAGAGGUGUGAUCCUUGUACAGAGACAAUGCUGUUUGAGAGAGAUUAAGAGUGAAUUACACGUUACAAUACACGUCUUGGAUAAAGGGAGUCAUAUUACUUUCAUUUUUCAGUCAAUAUCAAAUGAACUGCGAAGGAAAGUGUUUGAACAUAGCAGAAUUUGUUUGAAGCGAAGUUCAAAUUCGAAGGACUGCUGCUCUUGGUGUGUGUGUGAUUCUUAGGCCCUGUGAUGUUUACUGGGUAGCCAAGGUAUUUGACUUUGGAUUCUGAGAUUAAUUGCCAUUUUAGGUUUCGAGCAAAUGACCUUGGCUGUAUGUUGUGUUUGUGUGAGACAAUUUACAUAGAAACAUCAAGCAAUCGAUGUAUGAUAAUCUGAGGUUACAAGGUAUAUUUGGGAUAUCGCUAUCAGUGAAAAGGAUGUAAUCCAUUGGAACAUUAUUUUUAAAUGCAAAUAAUUUAUACACCUUGAUCAAUGUGAAAUUGUUUAGCAUGCUGUGUAUUACAAAUAAUAGAGGGAUAAAGGUUAUCAGAAAAGUUGUCGACAUUGUUAGUCGGAGGAGUUACUGAGAUGUGUUUAUUUCAAAACAAUAUUUAUUCUAGCUUGUGACCAAGCACUUUUUGGCACAUUUGAUAUGAAAGAUAUAGACUACAAUUGAAUUGUCACAAAGGAUAUUGAUGUAUCAGAUUGGUAUUUCAUUUUGUGAAGUCUUUGAAUUGUAUCUUGCAGGCAAAUUUUUAUUAGUUCGAUGAAAUGUGUUUCAAUACAUUGUCAAUUUUAAAAGAUAAUUCAGUGCUUCAGGGUAUUUGUGCACUAUAUUUAAUAACCUUGAUUGUACAUUCAAUGUUUUUUAGAAUGUGUUUACAAAUUGAUGUAAAUAUUGAAUAAUUUUAAAGAAUGUAUGCCCUGUGUUAUGUGUGAGUGAGUGAAAGGGGGGUGGUAGGGAGGCUUGAUUGCAAGCAUAAUGAGGAUUAAAUUUCAGUUUUUCAAGAUUUUCAUAGAUUUGCCUCUUGAAAACGUAUUCUUUGUAUGGGGAAGAUUACUUUAAGAAAGUCCACCUAAAAGGAAAUUGUUAUACCUACAUACAAUAUGUUCACUUUAUGUGGGUCAUUAUUUUGCUCAGUCCUAUGAAUAAAACCAAAAGAUGAUA